AAUUCGGACAAGUCCGCAUGAUGUAAGUCGCAUUGUUGCACUUGAACCAAUACAUGUUGAGAAUCAUGAACCAAAACACACUAGCACCAGCCUCUGUUGACGUCCGCUUUCCCCGCUUCAUACUACUUGAGAACAGUUUCCCCUCUUGAUAAUCACCUCAUCCCGACACAUCUCAUCCCUCGAUAAAGUUGUCCGCCAUGGCUGGAAAUUCAGCAGCGAUCAAGCUGAAUGAAAAUGGGAUUCCAGACUUCGACGCACUCCCACUUCGAAAGGGUGAUCCCAAGUACUCCGCCUGGGGUUUAUAUGGAGAUGAAGACGAGUUGGGAACUCUGAACAGGCUUACCGAUGAGCGAGUUGCCGAAGCAGCAAAGAAUGAGAUCAAGACUGGUUUGAGAAUCUCCCUAAAUUGGCCACUCAACGCCCAAAAAGACUCGGGCUUCUUCAACCGCAAGCUCUUCCACCAAGACCUCUUCGCCAAACCGCCGCGGUGCGUCAACGACGACAUUUGGACCUUCAACACGCAGGUGUCCAGUCAGUGGGAUGGGUUGAGACACUAUGCUUAUCAGAAAGAAAAGAAGUUCUACAAUGGAGUGACGAUGGAAGAUAUUCAUGCGGAGGGGAGUGAGGUUAAUGGGAUACAGGCAUGGGCACAAAAAGGCAUAGUAGGCCGUGGCAUCCUCGUCGACCACCACUCCUGGCGUCUGGAGCAGAUUAUUAGUAAGAAGCCGAACCCGGAUCCGAGACUGGUCAACUUUGACCACUUUGCUACCACGCCCAUUCCUCUCGAGGAUAUACACGCUUGUUUAGAAAGUCAGGGAACAGAGAUCAAGUUUGGCGAUAUUCUGUUUAUUCGGUCUGGCUGGAUCCAAACCCACCAAACCCUCUCCUCCACCUCCCCCUCCCUCCUCUCCUCCCAUCAAUCCCAUAACCCCCCUUCUUUUUGCGGUCUGGAACCCUCUGUCCCGCUCUUCCGAUUCCUCUGGUCCAACUUCUCCGCCGUAGCAGGCGACCAGCCUUCUCUCGAGUGUUGGCCUCCUCUCGCCACCCGUGACCCCGUGAACUAUGGGGAUGAGUUGAGUCUGCACGAAGUGAUGCUAGCGGGGUGGGGGAUGCCGAUCGGCGAGCUAUUCGAUCUUGAGGAGUUGGCGAGGGAAUGUAGAGACAGAAAGAGGUGGAGUUUUUUUGUUGUGAGCGAGGUGUGCAAUGUGAAGGGUGGGGUUGCUAGCCCUCCUAACGCUUUGGCGAUCUUUUGAGGAUGAGGUCUUGAAUGGUCUAUGGUGGAUAUUAUGCCGGGUUUCUAUGGGGAUAUUUUCAUCGCUGGGAAUGCUUUACGGGGAGGCAAAAAGGACUUGGAUUGAGUGUUCUGCUCUGGGUAUAACGGCAUAAUCCGAGAAUGCGAAACACUCGUAAGCGUCUUGCUCGACUAUUUGGUUGUGAAGCAAGUCAUAGGAAUGAUCAUGACUUAGCUGUGCUCCUUCACAGCUAAUUUGAAUUCUUAUCUUCCUGGGAGGCUACCAGAUGAUUCCAAGAAGCAUCCAUCAUGAGAGCGUGUUCACCAU